UAUUUCAUUUACGACACUAAAACGAAAACCGAAGCAAAACUACUGCACCGCAUCCCCUCAUCCGCCCGCUCCUGAAGCUUCUUCUAAUCUUCUCCCGUCGUUUCUCACCCGUCGGCUUCCGGUGGAAGUUAACCAUGAGACUGGCUCCCAAGGUGAUCUUUCUCGUCCGAGAUCCCGACGGCUUCGGCCCCGCCAUCGCCGACGCCCUCCGCCCGAAUCCCGAUUCCAAUUUUAUGAGAGAAACCUCUUCGUUCGAACUCUCACUGGAGAAGUACGGCAUUGGCGACCGCAAGGCGUCGGGGGAUUUGAUCGAGUUUGUAGACCCCCAUGGAUCGCCUCAGGUGUCCAUCUUGCUCUUACCAAAUUAUGGACCUCCCAUUGCUGCAUGUGCUGUCAAAGAAGUUUUGGCACUUAUUUCUUCAGAGGAAAGUCCUAAUCAGCCUAUAAUAAUCCUUCCAUAUGUCAUGAAGGCUCUGAAGGUUAAUCAAGAACUGGCGAAUCCAGCAUCAUCUGAGCAGAAGGUGAUGCUAUGUGGAGCUGAAAUACAGGGCACAACUGACAUUUUUCAGUCCAUGAUUGCUGAAACUGCCACCGCUCCUUCAUCAUUGCAAAUUCAUUGCGAAUCUUUGGCUUGCUUGCUUCAGAUGGUUCGUGUCUUAAAUCUGCCUACAGUGCUUAUUGCAUCAUGUGCUCGAGACCAAAGUAAAAGAUCUGCUGACCAGGAACUUGAGGCAUUGUAUGAGGUGGGGCGUUUCUUGGCCAACCAUAUGGGUCUGUGCUUCUCCAUUGAAGGACUCCAGCAGAAAGAGAUUGAGAAACCGAGGAGUGUUCAAGAACCAUGGCGCGCAUUAUAUGGAUAAGCUUGCAGGCAACUGUUAAUCGUACUAAAAUGUGGAUUUGUAGGCCUAUCAUUAGGUGAAAAAUUCUCGGAAGGAUUUUGCUCACCAGAAUGUGAGUGUAUGAAAUUAUGCUGAAGAAGUAGACAGUAGAUCCGUUUAUCAAUGCAUAUUUUCUGUCGCUAAACUGACAGAACUCUCUUCAUGGAACUGUUUUGUCUUGUGAUGGAAUAGUCAUCAGCAUAGUUGCGGGCUCGGAUGUUAGAGCAGUAUGUUUUGAGCCAUUUUGGAUAUGGUUACAUGAAAAUUUUAUUGGUUGAA